CAGUCUUCACCGAGUUUGGAUUGUGCCAUCAGUUCAAUGGAGGUGAAGAGAUUCAUCAGGUUGAUAUGGAAGGUUCUAGAAAUGGACUUGAGCUCUAUCUGGACACACAACAACAGCACGAAUAUACUCAAAAUGUUUUGAGCAACGGAGCACUGAUACUAUUACAUGACCGACACGACCAUCCAGACAUGCUGAGUUUUGCCAUCCAUACCGUCCCAGGAGAAAGCGCCUUCAUUGCCCUUAAACUGAAAAAGUCGGUAAACCUCCCUGCUCCCUAUGGCAACUGUGGCGAGAGAAAACUGGCUUACUACAAAAAGUACAGCAAAGUAAACUGCCGUGCAGAAUGCCUACACAAUAUGACUUUGAAAACGUGUGGCUGCCGGAUGGUAUACUAUCCAGAGGUUAAAGGUUACAGAGACUGUUCCCCACGUGACAUCAUCACGUGUUAUUUCCCGCUGUCAGAAAACACGACCCAGAUAAAGCGACAGUGUGACUGUAUAGUACCAUGCGAGAUUUUAUCUUUCGACUACAGCAUCUCAAGUUCUAAAAUGUCUGCAAAACCAAUAUCGUUGGAAUUCAACAGAACAGCAGAAUCCGUUGAAAAAGAUUUCGUCAGCGUGGCGUUAUACUACACGGACAUGACGUACGAGGAGGUGGUACAACAAGAAGCCUACAGCACGCUGACUUUGUUUGCUGACAUAGGAG